CGUCUUGGCCAGGGGCCCUCGGCGCAGCCUGCGGGUCCUCCAGCGCCGCGGAGGCCGUGCGGUUUCAUCAUUAAUGCUCCUCAAGGACAAUAGCUCAUCUGGCCCACGGAAAGCCCUGGACCCGUCGCGGAGCCUGGGCUGGCAGGGGAUGAGGCUGAGCGACUCCUCCUAGAGGUGGUUAUGUGGAGAAGGAGCAAUCCCUUCUCCCUCCUCCUCCUCCCCCCGCUACUAUCCGCGGCCCGGAGAACUGCCGCUUGCCGCCAUUGACACGCACAGAUAGAACCCAAAGAAAGGCGAAGAGUCCUGGCCGGCGGCGCCGCGCGGGCCCAACCUGCGCCCGGGGAGCGGCGCGCACAGGCCACGGCGCGCGGAGCAGGCGGCGCAGCACCAGCCACCAGGGUUAUCAUGACAGCCCAGUGCCUGCAGGACUCCACUGUUCCCAGUGGCCAUUAUUUUCUCGUAAAGGCUGAGCUAAGUGUAUCAAAAGCAUCGUGUUACUGCCGGAAGGCCAGAGUGUCAGCAAGCUGAGAGGGAAACUGCGGCAAGAUGUCGGGCCGGAGCGGGAAGAAGAAAAUGUCCAAGCUGUCACGGUCAGCCAGGGCCGGCGUCAUCUUCCCUGUGGGAAGACUGAUGCGCUACCUCAAGAAAGGGACCUUCAAGUACCGGAUCAGCGUGGGUGCCCCGGUCUACAUGGCAGCGGUCAUCGAGUACCUGGCAGCGGAAAUUUUAGAAUUGGCUGGGAAUGCUGCAAGGGACAACAAGAAGGCUCGGAUAGCACCAAGACACAUCCUGCUGGCAGUUGCCAACGAUGAAGAACUCAAUCAGCUGCUAAAAGGAGUGACCAUCGCCAGUGGCGGUGUCCUGCCCAGGAUCCACCCUGAACUGCUUGCCAAAAAGCGGGGGGCCAAAGGCAAGUCGGAAACAAUCCUCUCCCCUCCUCCAGAGAAACGAGGAAGGAAAGCCGCCUCCGGCAAAAAGAGUGGUAAGAAAUCCAAGGCUGCCAAGCCGCGGACGUCCAAAAAGUCCAAACCAAAGGACAGCGAUAAAGAAGGAGCUUCAAAUUCCACCUCUGAGGAUGGGCCAGGGGAUGGAUUCACCAUCCUGUCUUCUAAGAGCCUUGUUCUUGGCCAGAAGCUGUCCCUGACCCAGAGUGACAUCAGCCAUAUUGGCUCCAUGAGAGUGGAGGGCAUCGUCCACCCAACCACAGCCGAAAUCGACCUCAAGGAAGAUAUAGGUAAGGCCUUGGAGAAGGCUGGAGGGAAGGAGUUCUUGGAAACAGUAAAGGAGCUUCGCAAAUCCCAAGGCCCCCUGGAAGUUGCUGAAGCCGCAGUGAGCCAGUCUAGUGGACUUGCAGCCAAGUUUGUCAUCCACUGUCACAUUCCUCAGUGGGGCUCUGAUAAAUGUGAGGAGCAGCUUGAAGAGACCAUCAAAAACUGCCUGUCGGCAGCGGAAGACAAGAAGCUCAAGUCCGUGGCUUUCCCACCCUUCCCCAGUGGCAGAAACUGCUUCCCCAAACAGACAGCAGCCCAGGUGACUCUCAAAGCCAUCUCGGCCCACUUCGACGACUCGAGCGCAUCCUCGCUGAAGAACGUCUACUUCCUGCUCUUCGACAGCGAGAGCAUCGGCAUCUACGUGCAGGAGAUGGCCAAGCUCGACGCCAAGUAGCUGUCUCCGGGGUAGGCAGCGGCACUCACCAACAGGAGCCAAGCCUGAGGAGCAGUCACAGGAGCGGGGCUUUCAUUUUUUUCAAAGGAGAGAGCAGGGAGACUGCAGGGGAGCAGAGGGCGCCUGGGAAGGAAGCAGGUAGCACAGGCUAGAGGCCGGCUCUGCCCACCCGGGAGCCCUCUGCCAUCUAUAUUCUCGUUAAAAAGAGCCUCGGCCCCUAACUGGCCUCUCUCCACCAGCAGGUUCUUUUCAUGUGUUUUCUUCCUGUUGUUUUAGAACUUAAAAAAAAAAAAAAAAGAAAGAAAAGAAAAAAAAAAGACUUCAUUUUAGAUUUAUAGCAUUGACUUUUACACACACAUCCAAACGUAAAAAAAAAAAAAAAAAAAAAAACUUUCAAAAUUCUUAAAAUCUUCUGUUGUUCCUUCUUGAAAGGAAGAGGUGUAAAAAGUGGCUCGGGUUUUGUUGGCUGUCUGUAUUCAGUGGUGGAGAGAAGAGACGCAGAAAGGCGUCUCCUGGGUGCUUUCCCGUUCUGUGCUAGUUUCCCCAGCCCACCCCGCCCCAACCUACCCCGACCCUGUAACAACAUCUGUAACUACUCCUCAAAGGGUUUUUGCUUCAGGUUUUUUGUUUGGUUUGGUUUUGUUGGUUUGUUUUUUUGUUUUUUGUUUUUUGUUUU